AUGGCGACCCUUGCAGACGAACUCCUGAAUGAUUUCGAGGACUCCGGGAGCGAAGUUGGACUCGAUGACGUGCAGCUCAAAGACCAAGACGAGCGCGAUGGCGAUGAUGGAGCUACGUUCAUACUGCCUGAGAGCGUGGAUGAGGGCGACAACGAUGAAGAGGGACAGGAGCAGAUCGAGAAAACCCAGUUCAAGGGAGUUGCUGAUGUCCGGAGCGUUGCGCGCCUCAUGGAGACACUGCGGCCCAUCUUGGAGAAAAUUGCACAUUAUAAACAGCUACCCGAUCGGGAGCAGACAAGGACGGGUUCGGUCGAAGACGAUGAAGAGUACCAUCUCCUCACGCAGUCCAACUCGCUCUCCACAUCGAUCGAUAACGAAAUCAUGCUUGUCCACAAAUUUAUCAGAGACCACUAUUCGUUGCGAUUUCCGGAGCUAGAGACGUUGAUCUCCAACCCGGUAGAUUAUGCGAAAACCGUUGCCAUCUUAAAGAACGGGCCGUUCGACGACAUCAAGGCUAUGGCAUCAUCGACAGACAACCUGGUUGGGCAGACAUUGCGAGCUAUCCUUGACGGCCCAUCGUUGAUGACCGUUGCCGUGGAAGGGACGACCACACGAGGCAGUCCACUACCUGUAGAAGAACUAGAGUGUGUCCUGCGAGCUUGCGAGAUGAUGUUCUCCCUUGAGAAGGCGAAGACGGUGCUUACAGAAUACGUGCAGUCGAGGAUGACCAUGUUUGCUCCGAACCUAACGGCUCUCGUUGGAUCGUUGACUGCAGCUCAGCUUCUCAACUACGCUGGUGGGCUGACAGGAUUGGCCAAAAUGCCUUCAUGCAACAUCUCACCACUAGGUUCUAAAAAGCAGGCCCAAUCUGGGUUUGCCACCAACGUUGGAAUACGGCACCAAGGCUUCCUCUACCACUCUCCCAUCAUCCAAGAUAUACCGAACGAUUACAAGAUCCAGGCAAUGCGUAUCGUAUCUGCCAAGGUAGUGCUUGCAGCUCGAGUGGACAGGGUGCACAGCAGCCGUGACGGCUCGACCGGAGAGCAGCUAAAGCAAGCCUGUCUCGAGCGGCUGGACAAACUCACUGAGCCGCCACCGAAUAAGGGCACCCGUGCUCUUCCCGCGCCGGACGACAAGCCGUCAAGAAAACGAGGCGGUCGACGUGCGAGAAAAGCCAAAGAAGCGACGGCGAUGACAGAUCUACGCAAGGCCCAGAACCGUCUAGCGUUCGGCAAGGAGGAGAAAGAAGUAGGCUACGGGACGGGAGAAAGCACCAAGGGUCUCGGUAUGCUCGGACAAGAGAACCAGGGACGCAUCCGUGCCGCCCAGAUCGACCCCCGAACAAAGGCCAAACUCAGCAAAUCGAACAAGGGCUGGGGCACUGCCACUCCAGCGCCGGGCCAUGCAUCCUCUCUCCAUAGGUUGGGCAGCACCCCCGGGAACGCAUCGGUGUUGAAUACACAAGGUCUCCGUACAACCGGCGUCGGUCCCGUCGCGGGCUCCGGUACAGCCAGUAGCAUCGCCUUCACGCCCUUCCAGGGCCUCGAGCUGGUCGACCCCAAAGCCCAGGCAGAGCUAAAGAGGAAACGGGCCGCCGAAGAAGACCGAUGGUUCAAGAGCGGAACCUUCACGCAAGUGGGCAACCAGUCGAGCACCACGUCUGACUCCGGCUUCAAAGUCCCACGCCUACCGGCCAAGACUGCUCCGGGAGGACCAAUGGGGCCUCCUCCGAAACCCGCUCAGUGA